UCACGCACGCAGGGCCAUAGGUUAUAUGUGUGUGCAUCUGGAUCUUUUCAUGCAAGAUUAGAUAAGGCUUCCAUAUCCAAUGCAUUGCCAGUGCAGUCUUGGCAGAUCAACAGACCUCAUUCCAUCUUUAGUGAUCCAAACCGCCGCUGUGUCCACGAUUGUCUCCUCAUUAUCGACGAAAUUAAAAUGAAAAUCUUCUUGAUCUUGCUUUGCUGGAGUCACGUUCAUCUCACGCAGCCAUUCGCCGCGCAAUAUUCUUGCACAGGACCGGAAGGACAAAGCGUGAGGGAGGGGACAGCGUGGGUAGCUCCUGACGGGUGUAACAGGUGCACAUGUACUCAGUUCGGGGUGGAAUGCACCACGUGGAUGAACUGUCAACACUUAGGCAUGCUGGGACACCCAGGAGACCCGCUCUGUGUGUACGGCACAGCGCACUACACGGUGGGGAAGACGUGGACAGCGGAAGACGGGUGCAACAAGUGUUUGUGCACCGCCAGGGGAAUGAACUGCACUGCUCAGGCCUGCGCUAACACCGGCUUCGCCUCCCCUAAAAGCCAGGGUGAGUGGACCAUGGCACAGUUCAUGGAUUGCCGUUACAAGGACAAGGUUUACCGCUAUGGGGACCAGUUCCUGGCAGACGAUGGCUGCAACACCUGCUUAUGCAUCAUGCCUGGAAACGCUGCUACGUUCCCAGUGUGCACCACUACCCCGUGCGACAUUUUUGUCGUUGGCUGAAAUGAUUUGUCCCACGUACCUCUUUCAAUUUUGAUGUUUUUGUUUUUCUUGUAAAACAUCAAUUACCCCUCCCAUUGCCAAAACAAAGCUGAUAAUGGUCUUCUGUAAUUAAACUUAUUUUUAAAAUGUUA